UAUCGUAAGAGUAAGAAUGCCCGCGAAAAUAUGUCCAUCCCCAAAUUCAAAUCAACUUCUCCUAUAAAUAUACCCUAAAUAGUUAAAUACCAACGCCUUCUCUUGUAACCAACUCUCAGUAUCAGCUAGAGAGAGAAGAGAGUUGGAGAGAGAAAUACAGUUAGAGAGAGAAAGAAUGGCGUGUCCAGCGAUGGCGAGUCCAGUUGAAGAGCAGAUUCAUCAGCAUCAUCAGCAGCGUAUGCUUAUAACAGAGCAAGUGAUGAAUUGCAAGCUCAAAGAGAAGAAACAGCUUUCUCUCGAGAACUACCUUGACUAUCUUCAAUCUCGCGAUUUCUCCAAGUUCACCGUCGGUGAAAUCAAUCAGAUGCAGAUAGUUUCAAUCCAUGGUUUCAAGAAGCCUAAUCAGCGGAAGAAAGCUGAAGAAGCAGUGAAAGCAAUUGAGCCAAUAGAUCCUGCGCGAUCAACUCUGAGGGAAGACAUUUCAUCGUCAAUCAAAGCAACCAUUGGUUUCACUGAAGCAAUCAAGGAUCUUAAGAUUCUCAAUUGGCAAGAGUGCUCCAUAACUUCGAUCAAAUUACUCAAACCAGAGAAUGACAAAAUCGUCCUCGUUUCUCCCUCCACGACAUCCACGAAGUCGAAAUCUGUGAAGGCUGUGCAGCAGCCGAAAUCUCUGGAGGCGGUAAAGAAGUCUAAGUUAGCUUCGUUGCUGAGCAUCGGUAACGGUCCGAACAACAGCGGUAAUUCUGAUGCCCCUGUUUUCCCCUCCACAGCAGCCACCAAAAUGCAGAAAACGAUAAAGCGGCGUAAGCUAUCAUCCUUGACAGAGAGCUCCUGCAGUGGUCCGACCAACGCCGACAGUGGCGGUUCAGGUGAUGCUUCAUCGUCCUCGUUUGUCGCCAGAGGAAAGAAUGGUGGUGGAAAGAAAAGGCUUCAUUCCAUUGUCUGUCUAGGUCCAGCGGCUACUUAGCCGUGGUUGUUUGAGUUUUCAUUUGAAGCUAUAUAUGGUGAUUUUAGUGUUACUAAUCACAGUAACUAGUUUCUUAAUGGCGGAUUUGAAUUUUGGAGGGAAUAUAUGGUACUUGAUUUUGAUUAUAUGCAUUUCAUUUUGUUUAAUUUCAGUAAUUCUAUACGCAUUUUGAUUUUGA